AUGGACAUUUGGCCAUACUCUCUACUUAGACAGGUUGUAUCAUUGAUACCAAACAAUGCAGAUCGUAUCAAGAUAACAUUGUUAUGUAAGAGAUUGUUUGAAGUGCGAGAGAAGUACUUAAGCUUCAACACUCAACAGUUCAUUCUACAACGAACAAAGUACAACAGCACUUCAAUCGCAUCACAUCUCAACUCUUACAAACAGAUUAUAUUCAAUGAUGUCGCACUCAAGAAGAAUCAAUCAGCACUCAUCACUAUUCCCAUGCACAUUGUACCACUCGACUCAUUCGAUCAUUGCUUCUUCCUGUCAAUGACAUCAGUGCAGGAUAUAUGGCAAGAUGAGAUAUUAUCCAUGCAUGAUAGGAUUGGCCGCAUUGAGAUAAUGUCACCGUCAGACUAUCCAUUCAGCUCAUACUUCUGGAUAGAGCUGAGUGUUCUAAUGGAGAAGUUGUCGCGAUCAGGUUCAAAUGUACAGUUGGCAUAUAAUGAGAGGUCAUGGAAUAGACGUAACAUGGCACCACUUCCACGUCUACCAUUCACAGAGUUGACAAUAGUGUUUGAUGGAGAUGUUGCGUCAACCGAUCAUACCGCAUUCAAUCAAACUAUAAUGGACCUACCUAUAUCAUUGACGGUGCUCAACAUCAAAGGCAACUUUGUGGGCACUUUGGAUGGAGUGUUGCCAGAUGGGCUCAAAGUGUUGACGAUGGAUGACGUAUGGAACCAACCAAUCACCCCUGGAAUCAUCCCUUCAGGUCUUGAAUCACUUAGUCUUGGCAGGCAAUACAACCAUCAUCUUGAUCUCGAGUGUAUUCACAAUCUCACACAUCUAUCACUGGGCGCAGAGUACAACCACGUGAUCACAAGUCCUCCAUCACUCAAGAAACUGAUCAUUCGGUCUCCAAACCCUGUCUUUAGCCAAAUCAAUGAAUCACUCAAAACGUUGAUCCUCAAACGAGUACAGAGCAAUGUGAUCGCGACUAUCACAGGGUCGUCAUUCCCAUCGCUCACAUGUCUACAAGUGCGAUCAUUCACAGACAAGGCGGACAAGAUCCAUCUGAUGUCAUUACCAUUGUCGAUCCAAAGUCUGAGUCUUCAGUUCUCCAGACCAUUCACACUCCCCACCGGACUGAGGGAGUUGAGUCUUUGUACAUUACCUGGAUUCGGUUCGAAGAAGAACAAACAUUGGCUUUCCGAUUCAAUCACAUCAUUGACAAUCAAUCAAUGUGAUGAGAUUCAACAGAUUGGUGAUAUACCAUCAUCGGUCACAUCAUUGACAUAUCAUAGCGGUGCGCCAAUCAACUUUAAACAUCUACCAACUUCCUUGAGAUCGUUGACUAUCUCUGGCGAAUUACUACGACUUCAUCGUCCACCAUCCAACUCAAUCACAGAGUUGAACAUUCUGGACAUCAAUGGACGAAUGUUGGCCAGACUACAUAGAUUAACAGACACACUGUUCCUCCUUCUCAAUGAUGACCUAUCACAUUGUGGCUUCACCAUCUAUGACAGUAUCAUCAAUCAUACCAAGGGUCCAGCAGACCCCACUUCCACAGAGCCUUCAAAGUGCAGUGUUUCCUAA